AAGGACCGGAAGUGCCUGAAGUCGGCGCCGGAGUGGUGUCAGGUCCCCGGGCUAGGUGUGGGUAGGGUCUGCGGGAGACCGCGGCUGCGGGGCCGCUCGAGUGAGGCCGGGCUAGGACGGGGAACGCCGCCUCGUGGCCUGCAAGCCCUGACGGCCGUGCGCCCACGGCGGGUCCCUGGGCGGGCGCCGAGGCUCGUGGGGGUCGGCUGCGGAGGCUCCAGCCCCUGGAGCGCCUGGGGUCCCCACAACCACGGACCAUGCUCCUGGUGCGCCUGACCCCGCUGCUGAGGGCUGUUCCUCGGGCAGGUUGCAGUCGGCCCUGGCCGGCCUCAGGGCUGCUGGGCAGGCGAGCCUGCAGGCCCUGCUAUAGCACACAGCCAGCCCGCCCAAGUGGAGUUGCCUCCAUCCCUGGGAAGAGGUUCCAGCUGGAGCUUGAGGAGAUGCUGGUCCCUAGGAAGAUGUCCAUCAGCCCCCUGGAGAGCUGGCUGAGCGCCCACUACCUCCUACCCAGACUAGAGGCCAGGGCCCCAGGGACCCUGGCUCCAUCCCAACUCUAUGAGUGUCCGCCUAGCCAGGUGGGCCAGGGGGCUGAGCAGGGGAUGGAGGAGGUCUGGGAUGCUCCCCAGAUGCAGUGCAAAAAUGUGCUGAAGAUUCGCCGGCGAAAGAUGAACCAUCACAAGUACCGUAAGCUGGUCAAGAGGACCCGGUUCCUGCAGCGGAAGGUCCGAGAAGGACGCCUAAGACGGAAGCAGAUCAAGUUCGAGAGAGACCUGAGGCGUAUCUGGCUGAAGGCAGGCCUGAAGGAAGCCCCUGCAGGUUGGCAGACCCCCAAGAUCUACCUGAAGGGCAAAUGAAUCUAGUGCUCCUCUCCCCUGAUCUAUUUACUGCUGGCAACCCACUGUAAUAAAUGUUCUGGAACUUC